AUGCGCGGUCCAACUUCCGGUGCCCUUUUUGGGUACAUUGGCUCUGUUAUGGCCCUGUCGCCCCUGGAUACCUUCUACCCGCCUCUCAACGAGACCUCAUACAUUGCCAACACAUCGGUAGGAACCUAUGGUGGACUUUACCAGGCCGGCACGCAUGGUCCGACUGGUGGAAAGCCCUAUGGAAGCUAUGAUUACUGCUCGAUGCCCCAUCCGCGCGAAUAUCAGCUUCCAGACCAGGCCGCCCAUGGCAAAGCCAAGUUGACCAAGCUUAUCUACCUUCAACGACACCAGCGUCGAACUCCUUACAAUAUUUUGCCGGGUGGAGAGCUUACAAUUUAUCGCCAGGACCAAGCGUAUGAGUGCGAUGGUGUCCGGCCAUAUCUCUAUGGCGGACCCAAUAGUGACCACGGGAUGCAACCCGUGCCAGUCUACGCCCAGACUUAUGAGGACCCCAAUGAUCCAUUCAAGACUGGCGUGAGUGUCAACUCCACUUGCCAGUACCCCCAGAUCACCAUUGGUGGUGUUGAGGAUGGGUACCAACAUGGCAAGGAUCUACGGAACGUUUACCAAAAGAUGCUCGGUUUGAUUCCCGAGCGACCAAAUCAGCGCGUUUGGUUUAGAUCGAGUGAAUCGCCUCUCACCCAAGCUUCCGCUGGCGCUGUUCUUCGGGGUAUCUGGCCGGACUACCAGGGUGCAUUGCCUCUUCACCAGAUGGUAAGCUCAGUGGAUACCGUUAAUGCGGGUUAUUCUUGCAAUGCGAUCAGCUCUACAUUAAAUGAAAUCAAGUCUACUGCCCAGUGGACCGAGCAUAUGAAAGUCACUGAAGAACUUCGAUCCCGACUUGCCUUAAUGCUCGGCGCUGGAACCAGUUCAUGGCAAACAACCUUUGAUCAUUUCUGUGACAAUUUCCAAGCGAGACUUUGCAAUGGCUACCGGCUGCCCUGCAAUAUUUCAAACUCCUCCGACUGCGUGACCAUGGAAAUGGCAGAAGAGGCAUUCCGUGCCGGAGACUGGGAAUGGAACUAUUACUGGCGUGCAAACGAGUACGCGACAAAAUACAUCCAGGCUGUCGAGGGUCUUUUCAUCGGUGAAAUCGUCUCCGACCUCAAGGCUGCGCUGGAUGGUACUUCUUCUAUCGACUACAGCCACAUUUUCAUUCAUGACGGUGAUAUUGGCCCCAUGCUUGGUGCUUUGGGUAUCAAUGCUCUUCGAUGGCCAGGCAUGGCCUCAAAUAUCGCUUUUGAAGUCUGGGAGAAGGAAGGCUCUAAAUUUGCUCGCGUACUAUACAGUGGGCAUCCAGUACAGACUAUUCACGGGUCAUUAGAUUGGCUUCCGCUUUCCCAGCUCAUCAACAUCUUGAGCCCGUAUGUGCCGGAAGAUAUCGCUGCUCUCUGUGGCUGA